UAAGGGUAUUACUGUCAUUUCAGCAAUCUGAAAAACCCUAGUCCUCUCUUCCUCGCUAAUUCGCUUAUAAAGCAAAUCCCUCGGUAUUUUAAGACGUUUUCACAGCCUCUCUUCUGCUCCGUGUCGAACCUCGCCUUCCACAAUGGCUUCGGAGAAGAAGCUCUCAAAUCCUAUGCGCGAGAUAAAGGUUCAGAAGCUCGUACUCAACAUCUCCGUUGGCGAAAGCGGUGAUCGUCUCACCCGUGCCGCCAAGGUGCUUGAGCAACUUAGCGGUCAGACCCCAGUCUUCUCUAAGGCUAGGUAUACCGUUAGAUCUUUUGGAAUCAGGCGUAAUGAAAAGAUUGCUUGUUAUGUGACUGUGAGAGGAGACAAGGCUAUGCAGUUGCUUGAGAGCGGGCUGAAGGUGAAGGAAUACGAGCUUUUAAGAAGGAACUUCAGUGACACUGGUUGUUUUGGAUUUGGUAUCCAGGAGCACAUUGAUCUUGGCAUCAAGCAAUUCAUUGGUUGAAAUCUUAUUAUUGGGAGCCUCAGACAGAACAGAUUCCUUUCCAAAGAGAUGGAACUGCUGAAAUCAGGAUAGAAAUCAAAUCAAAACUCCGGGAAUUAGCAUCAUGCUUGAAAGUUAGGCAGAAUUCCCUACCUGGUUCUUCACUAAUCAAAGGAAAACGUUGCAUACAUUUCUUGGCAAAAGUUUGGAAUUCUUUACUCCUAAUAUUGCAUUCCUUCCUCAAGACUUGGAAGGAAAAUGAAUGCCAAUCGACAGUGGAUGUAUAAUAUUCCUCCAGACAGCGAAGAUGGGACAACAGUCUUCCUCAUUGAUGCCAUCAUCGUCUGAUAUUCCUCCAGUUCAUAGAUCCCUUGGUGAUUUACAUAUGGAUUAGCAUAAUGUCAUUUCUCACGUACUUAAAUAAUAUAUUUUAUGAUAUGAAUUUGAUAUUAUUUGGAUCCAUUAUAUAUUUUGAGAUAUUUUAAGUU